UCUCUUUUCUUGAAGAUCUUGCUCGAUAGAAUAACUUAAGAAGUUGUCACAACUUCAAUAGUAUUAUCCAUAUCUCAUUGAGCUUAGUCUUUCAGUUCUCGUGUCUUCUGUAUGUCGCAGCAACCUCUGCGGCCGCUGUUGCCCAACGCCCCCAACCCUCCUCGCGUCGAGGCCCUAUCGCAGACCCAGCAUCGUGCUAAGCGAAUAGCCACCCCGGCAGCUUGCGAGGCUUGUCGAAAGAGGAAGAGCAAGUGUACAGCCGAGCGGCCACGAUGCUCCGUGUGCAUCGAAAGAUCAACGGCCUGCGAAUACACGACUCUCCCGACAGAAACCCACCUUAGAGCCCAGAAGCGCAAGUUAACCGAUCUAGAGAUCAAAUGCCAGGCAUACGAAGAUCUAUUUGGAAUUAUGCGAUCCCGACCAGACGAAGAGACCGCUCAAGUUAUUCAACGACUCCGAAUGGGCGAAGAGGCGCAGACAAUUGUCCAGGCGAUCUCGGACAGCGAUCUCCUCCUCCAACUUUCACUCAAACCAGAUCUUCGAUUCCGAUAUGAAUUUCCGUAUCUUCGAGAGAUGCCAGUACACCUAAAUCGAUGGCCAAACCCAUACCUUCAGUCCAUUCUAUUUGAGAAGGUGGACAUACAACCUCCAGCAACCCUAGAAGCCUUGAAGGCUGUCGAGGACGAAUCCAAAAAGGUGUAUCUAGUGCCAUACCAUACUGUAGAGCUUAAAGACAAUCGCAUAUCGUCCAUGAACGUGUCAACUUGGACAACCGUUUCUUCCGACAACCCAAUGCUGCGCGUCCUUCUGCAGAUCUACUUCAUCUUCGAGUUCCCUUUCCAUCCCUAUUUCCAUAAAGAGAUGUUCCUUGAUGACAUGAGCACCGGUAACAAGCGAUUCUGUUCGCCAUUGUUGGUGAAUGCAGUCCUGGGAGCUGCAUGGCAUGGAUAUAGCCGGAUGAAGAACAGAGCCGAGUACUGGAAACCCGACAAUCUAGGAUAUCGCUUCCUCGCCGAAGCCCGAAGGCUAUUCGAACUCGAACAAGCGGAUCCUAUGAUAACGACGGUUCAAGCAGCGGCUAUCAUUAACUUGACAUGUAACUUCAACGGUAUCGACGAAUUAAGCUGGUUCUAUACAUACAAGACUUUUGAGAUGGCAAAUGCGAUGUCUCUCUUCUCGCCGACCCAGGACGAAAGCAAGGAAUGGCAAGUAGUAGCAGGAACAACUGCGUGGUGUUUGUACAACUGGCAGGCAUUCGCGACUUUCCACACAUUCCAACCACCGAUCCUCAAUAAUCCACCAGCUCGGCCACUCCCCGAUCUCGACGAUGCGCCCGCAUAUUAUGGAGAGAUUGAGGUGAAAUAUCCUCUUGGGCGGACAGCUAUUGCUAUAUCCAACGGUUUGGUGUUUAGGGCGGUCUCUGAGUUUCGCGUAAUCAUGAACGAAGUUACGAGACUGUCGUUUGUGCAACCCAGGACCUUCAACCGAAUGCCGCUCGAUGCUGCCAUCAGACUCAAAUCGAGACUUCUAGCCUGGUAUGAGGGUUUGCCGGAACCACUUAAAGCCCGCAAUAUUGCCAUGCCUUCGCAUAUUAAGAUGCAUAUUCAUUAUCACGUUCUGCUCAUCAGUCUUUUCGAGCCGUUUAUGCAUAUGGGUUAUAUACAUGCAGAGGUGGACCCGAAUACUGUUGUUAGCCACUCAAAGGCGUGCUUUGAGACUCUUAUGCGGGUCUACUAUCUACGCCACGGAUUCGAAUCUUUAGAUGUCACACUAGUCCAAUUCCUACACUUGCUAGGAUUCAGUGCUCUAAGGGACAUGGCGUCAGUAGAGAAUGGUUCGGCAACGCACGAGGCUUUACGAUCCACGAUGAUACUUUGUGCUAAGGGGCUAUGGGAACAAGGGCAGAACUAUUACGUAGCGGAAGCAAUCUUCCGCCUCCUCAGACAAUCCAUGAGUGCAGAAGAUAUCUACCUCCUCAGGGAGAUCGCCGAAGUCGAAGAUGGCGAUGGUCGCUUAGAUCACAUGGCGCAGGAGAUACGAUCUCGGUGGCCCAUAGGGGUCUUCAGCAUGAUCAAUGACAAUGGGGACCAUACACUCGAACACUUCGUCCACUGGUGGGAGCAGUACUCACAAGACAAGGCCCUGGAUGGUAUGGCCGCGGAACAGGAAGGUCCUAACGUCAUACCACCGCGAUACCCGCAAAGAUACGCGCCAUCCCUGACACAGGCAUGAACAGCAUGACGUGCGGAGAUUUGGAAUGGGUAUCAGUCAGUUGCAAAUCAUGUAGGGACGCGCAGAAGAACCGCUUAUUUGGGUGGUAGAUGACCA